CCCGCCUGGAAUCCGCCAUGAAGUUUCGCGCCAAGAUCGUGGACCUGGCUUGUCUGAAUCACUUCACACGGGUCAGUAACAUGAUAGCCAAGCUUGCUAAAACCUGCACCCUCCGCAUCAGUCCAGAGAAGCUCAACUUCAUCCUUUCGGACAAGCUGGCCAGUGGAGGCGUGAGCAUGUGGUGUGAGCUGGAGCAGGAGAACAUUUUUAGUGAGUUUCAAAUGGAAGGAGUCUCUGCAGAAAACAAUGAAAUUUAUUUAGAAUUAACAUCGGAAAACUUAUCUCGGGCCUUGAAGACUGCCCAGAACGCCAGAGCCUUGAAAAUCAAGCUGACUAACAAACACUUUCCCUGUCUUACUGUGUCUGUGGAGUUGCAGUUAUCCUCAUCAAGCAGUAGUAGAAUCGUGAUGCAUGAUAUCCCCAUCAAGGUUAUUCCUAGAAGACUGUGGAAAGACUUACAAGAACCCUCUAUCCCAGAUGCUGACGUUAGUAUUUAUUUACCAGCCUUGAAGACGAUGAAGAGUGUUGUGGAAAAAAUGAAAAACAUCAGCAAUGGACUUGUUAUUGAAGCAAACCUAAAUGGGGAACUGAACCUAAAGAUAGAAACUGAGUUAGUAUGUGUGACAACUCAUUUUAAGGAUCUUGGAAACCCUCUGCUACCCUCUGAGAGUGUCUCUCAAAACAGACACCCGGAAGACAUGGUCACGGUGCACAUCGACAUAAGGAAACUCCUCCAGUUUCUUGCAGGACAGCAAGUGACCCCCACCAGGGCAGUAUGCAAUAUUGUGAAUAACAGAACUGUUCAUUUUGAUUUGCUUCUGGAAGAUAUCUCCCUUCAGUAUUUCAUCCCAGCCUUGUCCUGACACCAUUUCACCAGACUUGGGAGCACAAAGACCUUUGUCGUGAUGAGAGAAGCACUGGAUGAUCAGUCAUUUGUCUGUCCUCCCAGCACCACAGAGAUCUGUACUGGGCUUAUUCCUCUCUCUAUGUUGCUUUAAGCACAAACGGAAUUAAUGAAGCACAAUCUGAUAAUCAUUUUUUCAUAUUACUCAAUACCAACCCCCCUCCCCUUAUUUCUUAUAAGACAUUAAGAAGGAAAGACAGAUUAUUAUUUUUUUUUAUUUAUUUAUUUAUUUUUUUUUAGUUUUGGGUUUUCAAGACAGGGUUUCACUGUGUGGCCUUGGCUGUCCUGAACUUACUUUAUAGACCAGGCUGGCCUUGAGCUCACAGAGAUCUUCCUUCCCCUGCCUCCGUGAGUGCUGGGAUUACAGGUGAGCAUCACCAGGCCUGGCUCAGAAUUUUUUGUGGGGUUUUUGUUAUUUUGUUUUUCUUUGGUGCUGGAGAUGAGACCAGGGCCUUAUGCGUGCUAAGCAUGUGCUCUGCCACUGAGCUGACUGCCAUUCCUAUUUAAAAUUUGAGUAGCAGUUUGUCACUGGGUUUGCCUUUCAUUCUGUGCCUCCCCUCCUGGGCAACUAGUUAUUUUCACUCUCUUUCUAUACUUGCCUGUUCUGGACAGCUUGUUAAGCUCCUCCCCAGGUACCCAGACCUUUGGCAACCACCGUUCUUUACUACUGCUAUGAGGGCCUGAGUGUUCUUGACCCUUUUGGUUACAUAUCAGUAUCUGUAUUUUGAAUACAUACUUGUCUUGGGCCUUCACACCAUGGCUUUUGCCCAUGGCUAUUCUUGUAUAGUAAGCCUGUCUAGAAAUUCUGUAUUCCUGCAUGCACUGCAACCAUUGCAAAGCUUGAUGGCAUUACCAUUGCCACAAGGGUACACUCCCAGCUCUCACAAUUUGAUUGCUGUGUGGCUUGUCCUAUUUUUCAUUAGGCUAGCUCUGCUCCGCUCACACUGUCCCAUGUGAAGAGACCAGAGCAGAGCAGGUCUCCUGCAAAGCUUCAGAAUGUGCAGAAACCAAAUGCUCAGCUCCCAUUGAUUUUUUACAUUGUAGAAUCAAUUACAGGGAAUUUCUGUAUGUGUGAUACUGUCAGCUGGGUAGAGCAGCCUCAUAGUUAGCCUGUUUUUCUGCUCAUGGUUUUGUAUUUCUCUGUGGCCCAAUGGGUGACACAGCUUCACUCUGGAGUUUGAAGAAUUCUGGGUGGUCAUCUUGCUGCUGGAAAUUUACCUAGUUAGAAUUAUGUGGGGACAUGGAAAAGUCAUAGAUUUCUAUUCUGCCAUUUUCCUGAUGCCACACUCCAAUUCCGUGCUUUUGUGUGGAUUUUGAUGGAGCAUCUAAAAGGGAGCUUGAGUUUGUGGAUUUUUUUCUAAGAAUUAUUCAAGUAGAAGAUGAUAAAUACGGAUCAUUUGGACAUCAGUAUUAGGAAGGGUAUUAGUACCACUGUCCUGAAGUUCAAUAUGCUAUUGACUCUCCAUUCUCUUUGACUUAAUCGUUGUGCUUGUAAGAGUUAUUAUACAGGCUAUAAUCAAAGCUUAGUACUAUUUUAAAUAAAUGUUUAAUAUGAAUAGGGAAUUGGCAGAUGAUUUGUGCUAGAGGACAGAUCCUAUAGACUAAUGCUGUGGGAGAAAGUGCUACCUGUAUGAUAACAAAACCAGUGGGAUAUUGCUGUCCACCAUGUGACAGUGAACACCAGGAAGUAUACAUCUAAACCCAGCUAUCUCUGGGUAGUUUUUAUUUCAAUCUUUUUACAUUUGUUUCUUUUCUAACAA